UUUCGAAAGAAUGACUAUUCCGUGGUUUGUGUUUGCAUAGUCGUUGAGGAAGUUUCUUUCUCGGCUCGCACUCAUUCAUGGUAAAAGUUGCAAGAUGAAUAAUCAGACCAACUCUGUGGUUUUGUCAAAAGACAUGUUGGAUUUGGAAGAAGAUGAAGAUCUGGAGGUUUUUAGUAAGAAAAUAUUAUCGACAGACGAGGAUCCAGCGCCCAACUCGCCAAGCUCCAUGGUCAACCAGUACCAACUCGAUGAAGAUGAACAGCAGAGUGACAGCACCAAAGACUUGUUUGUGACAGUUGACAGUCCGGAGAGUCAUGUGACAGCUAUUGAGACCUUCAUCAUGUACAGAGUCAUCACCAAGACAACGAGAAGUGAGUUUGACUCUUGUGAGUAUGAGGUGCUCCGCCGCUACCAGGACUUUGUUUGGCUACGAAGCAAACUGGAGGAAACCCAUCCAACCCUCAUUGUUCAUCCUCUUCCGGAAAAGUUUGUGAUGAAAGGCAUGGUGGAGCGCUUCAAUGAUGACUUCAUUGAGACAAGGAAGAAAGCACUUCAUCGCUUUCUCAAUAAGAUCGCCGGGCAUCCCAUUCUGUCUUUUGAUCAGCACUUUAAACUCUUCCUAACAGCCCAGGAUCUGUCCACUCACAAGAAACAGGGUCCGGGCUUCUUGAGUCGAAUGGGCGACACGGUCCGAUCGGUGGCCAGCUCGGUGUGGGGCAUCAAAAGCCGUCCGGAGGAGUUCACACUUAUGCAGGAAUACGUGGAAAACUUCGGCUGCAAGAUCUCGUCCGUUGACAAGGUUACUCAGAGGAUCGUCAAGGAGCAGCGAGAGUAUUUGGAUGAGCUAAAGCAGUACGGGCCUCUCUACAGCCAAUGGGCCGAGGUGGAAGAGGACCUGCAUGACCCACUGCAACUUGUGGCCAACUGCGUGGACCAAUGUAGCAAAGAAACAGAAAAGCAGAUCCAGCAUCUUUCCGAUGUGAUGGUCCCGGCUUUUCAUGACUACGUGCUCUGCACUGAGGUCAUGAAGAAUGUGAUGAAACGGCGUGACAAUAUCCAGGCACACUUUGAGACAAAAAACGAAGCCCUCGCCUCCAAAAAAGCGGACCAAGAUGGUCAUCUGGAGAAAGAAGUUGAGGCUCUGGCAGAUCGAAUGGAAACAGCUAACAAUGCAUUGAAGGGCGAUUGGGUCAACUGGCAGAACAGUAUGAGAGCUGACCUCAAAUCUGCUUUCAUCUCAACGGCUGAGAAGAAUGUGGAAUGCUAUGAAAAGUGCCUUGCAGUGUGGGAAUCAUUCCUCUUGUCUCAAAGAAGAGAUCCCAUUGAGCUUCAAGAUGAAGAUACUCUAAAUUAAUGAAGCCAAAUUUGUCUGGAAUAUUCCCUUGAAUAAAAAUCCUCAAUGUAUGUAUGUCCCCUUUUAUACCCUCAAUCGGUGACAUAUGUAAACUGACAACAACUCAUUACAAAUCAGCACGCAUCCCUCAUUUUGUGUUGAAAUGUUCUUUUGCAUGACUAAAAUAUCACCUUGCUAGGUUUGUUCAAAUAUUGUAAUAUUCUGUAUUAAUAUGUUUAUUUUUGCAUAUAGCAUGUCGAAUGUACAUUUACAAAACUAGUUCCAUUCAUCAAGAAUGUUGACGCAAUACAACUAACACAAAUGUGUUUAUAAGAGCUAUUAUUUUCUUUCAUUUGAGAAACUAACAUCAAAUUUAACCUCCGUGUUUUAGAGCUUUUGAUUAGUAAUGAUACUGAGCAGCGCAAUGUACAUUAAACACAGUGUAUUGUAAACAUACUUGAUUAAAAAAUACAUUUGAUUGAUUGAA